AUGGCGUCAAACCCGGGGGCCACACAAUUGGUUAUAAGGCGGGACAACCCUGGCACUCCUCAGGUUCUGGAUUUUGGGACCCGACUGUCUGGACCUGGUGUUCGCCCGUCGGCGGAUUGGGCCUUCACGGAACGGCCCGCAUUGGCGGAAGAGGCCAAUGCCAGCAGGAUCAACACCAAGCACAGGCUAGAGAAAUGCGAUUGUGCUUGUUGGGCCGUGAAACCUUCAACAACGCGGGUUGAAAACCGCAGCAUGUCACCUGAUCGCCAAGGUGGGAAUGCCAAAUUUAGCUGCAAGUGCAAGGGGUGUUCUUCUCCAAUUAUAACGAGAAGAAAAGGAGGAUGA